AUGGAGCAGUUCACUGUGCAAUUAGCGAACGUCCACUGUGAUGAGUGUUCGGUGAGUAUUCAUCGGGCGCUGAAGGAGGUUUUCGACGUCACCGAGUACAAUAAUACUGUUUGCCAUGACCAAGUCUCUGGGCAAGGGAAGCCUAGUGUUGUUGUUUUCCUGGGCAAUGGCGAGCUGACGAUAGUUGGCAAAGGUGAGGACCUGGUUGGAUCUGAGAAACAGGUGAUCAAAGUUCUAGAGAAAGCUGGAUUUGAUGUGAUCUCCUGGGACAUUUCAAAUGAGCUCACCAAGCAGGUCGCCUCCAAUCCGUUCAGUUUUGUUCUGGGGAAGGCAAAAAAGACCAUCAAGAGUAACAAGCGCCACAAGAGCCAUCUGGAACACUGUAAACAUUGUCGUGAGGAGACACAGGGCUCGGAAUCGGACGAAAGCACUGCCGUUGAUGUUGAAGUGAAAGCAGAGCCAUCCAAGGAGUAUCGUGCACUCAUAGGCAUCCAGGGGAUGGUUUGUGCUUCAUGUUCGUCGAGCGUUGGAUCGGCAAUCAAAGAGUGUCUUGAAGGAUUGGGGGCUCCGUUGACAGAAAACGGUAACUCCGUUUACAGUGUCUCUGUGAUGGAAGGAGUGUGCACUGUGCUACUUCCUGAACGGCAGUACGUGAACCAUGUGAUCAAAGCCAUCAGAGACUCUGGAUUCGAGUGCAGUCUGCUGGAGAUGCUUCCAAUCGAGCGGUCCAAGAAAUUCGAGGUUGUGACACUUAUUGGUGGGAUGACCUGCAGCGCAUGUUCGCAGACAAUCACCGAGGCGGUGAACGAGACUUGCAAGUUUGUCUUGGAGUCAAACAUCAACAUAGUCAACAAACAGGGUCUUUUCAUUGUGGAGUCUGCCGAGGAAAAGAAUUUGGAGCAGCUCCGCCAGUGUGUCGAGGAUAUUGGUUACGACAUUGAGAUCCUGAAUAUCAAGGAGGUCAGCCAUGCAGCUACCAAAAGCAAGUCGCGUACAGUCAAUCUGAAGGUCACCGGAAUGUACUGCGAGCAUUGUCCAGAAAGCAUCAACGCGAAGUUGAACGAAUAUGGUGACUACAUUGUGGUGAACGAUCCAAUCAGUUUGAAACACCCGUUCGUGAAAUUCACGUAUGUUCCUAACCCUCCAGAACUGACCAUUCGCAAGAUUAUUGACGAGAUCAACCAGCUGAACGACAAGUUCCAGCUUGAAAUCAUCAAGGUCACUUCUGUUGAAGAGCAUCUACGUCAACUUGCCCGUCUCGAGCUUCGUCGGAUCGUUGAGAAACUUGUUCUUUCCACAGUCAUUGCCAUUCCAACGUUCGUUUUUGGUAUCGUUGGUAUGUCUCUGCUUCCGAAACACAACGCUUUCCGCAUGUGGCUGAUGGAUCCCAUCUGGAGAGGAAAUGCGUCUAGAGUUGUGUGGAUUCUCUUCUUCCUAGCCACCCCGGUUUACUUCUUUGGAGCAAGCAUGUUCCACUUGAAAGCAAUCAAGGAAGUCCGGGCACUCUGGAGAAGCAGCGUUCCGUGGGGACGUCGUUUGCUCCGGUUCGGUUCAAUGAAUCUGCUGAUGUCGUUGGGCACUACCGUCGCAUAUGUGGCCAGUAUUGCUAUGCUUGGACUUUCUGCUCAGAGUCCAAGAGGAAGCAGCGGGUUCACCACCACGUAUUUCGAUUCUGUCGUGUUUUUGACGUUCUUCUUGAGCAUCGGAAAAUUGCUGGAGAGUUGGUCCAAGUCCAAGACUGCCAACGCAGUUAACCAGUUGAGUGGUUUCAAAGCCACCAAGGCAACACUGAUUGAGUCGUCGGAGGAGAAAGAAGUCGGUGUCGAGUACCUGGAACUCGGCGACACGAUUCUUCUCCGUCCAGGGGACUCGCCUCUAUCGGAUUGUAUCAUUUUUGAUGGAGAAGCCGAAUUCGACGAAAGCAUGCUUACUGGUGAGUCGCAACCAAUUCCCCACGUGAAGGGAGACCAAAUAUUUGCUGGAACCGUGAACCAGGGACCCGGAUCUAUCAAGGCCCGUAUUUCUGCUCUUCAAGGAAACUCGUUGCUGGACCAAAUUGUCGAUAUUGUUCGAAACGGACAGCUCAACAAAUCCCCUAUUGAAAAGCUCGCUGACAAACUCACCAGCUACUUUGUUCCUGUGGUUUGUCUGAUAUCGCUCAUCGUCUGGAUUAUCUGGCUCGCUUUGGGAUACACCGUGUUGCCGCAGAGAUAUCUUGAUAUUGAUGUUGGAGGAUGGACAGUUUGGUCGCUCCAAUUUUCAAUUGCGGUGUUUGUGGUUGCCUGUCCGUGUGGACUGGGUCUUGCUGCUCCUACUGCGUUGUUUGUUGGAUCUGGUCUGGCUGCCAAGAUCGGUAUUCUUGUCCGUGGAGGAGGUGCUUCUUUCCAGCAGGCUUCGAAAGUUGAAGUUGUCUGUUUUGACAAAACCGGAACUCUCACCGCUGGAGAGAUUCAAAUUACUGACCAUCACUCGUCUGGAGACUUUAAGCUGGCAGUUCAACUAGCUAGAGAUCUGGAACUUGGAUCAAAGCAUCCUAUUGCCGCUGCUGUUCGUCGUUUUGCUGUUGAAACGGCAGAGGAUAAGCAAUUUGAACUUUCAACCACUCUCGUGCCAAAGGUUGAGGAAGAAAGCGGUCGCGGAAUGAUGGGCGAGUACGGUGAUGCAUCUGUAAUUCUGGGGAACGAAAAGAUGAUGGCUGAGCAUGGAGUCGACAUCAACCAAGACGAACAGCUGCUUCUUGACCAAUGGAAACAGCAAGGAAAGAGUGUGAUUUGUGUUGCUCUUGACAAAAAAUUACUUCUGCUUCUAGCUGCCCGAGACGAUGUUCGUCCAGAGUCGCGCGAGGUGAUCCAGGACUUGCAAAGCCAAGGGAUUGCCGUGUACAUGAUCAGCGGAGACAACCAGACCACGGCGGAGUCAAUCGCAGCAGAGCUUGGAAUCGAGCCGGAUCACGUGAUUGCCAAUGUGCUACCUCAGGGGAAAGCAGACCAGGUGAAACGGAUCCAAAGCACGUUCCACAGCGUUCCAAAUACUACCACGCGGCCAGCCAUUGUGGCGAUGGUUGGUGACGGUAUCAACGACGCGCCUGCUCUUGCUACAGCCGACAUAGGUGUUGCUAUGGGUUCUGGCUCUGAUUUGGCCUUAAGCUCGUGUGACUUUGUGUUAUUAUCCAAGACAAAGCCGUUGAACCAGCUGAAAACUCUUCUUCGUCUGUCGCGCAAGGUGAUAAACAGGGUGAAGUUCAAUUUCUGCUGGGCUUUGGUCUACAAUGUUAUUGGUAUCCCGAUUGCAGCUGGAGUGAUCUAUCCAUACCACAAUUCUCGGUUAAGUCCUACGUGGUCGAGUUUGGCUAUGGCAUGCUCGAGUGUGAGUGUCUUGUUUAGCAGUUUGGCUUUGAGAUGGGAGAGCCGGUUCUGGAGCUGGUGGGGGUCCAAGCAAUAA